GUUAACAAAUUGGAAAUGAUCACUCCCUCCGAUCUAACCCUGUUGCAUGGUGGCUUUCAAAAGGAGGUAAAACAAACUCCAGAAUCAAACGCUGUCGUUGAAGUGCCCAGCGAGAAAGUCGAAAUAGAAGACUGCUCGGAUGACAGCGAGCAAAAUGGCGUUACAGCUGUAGUACAGUUGACAGCCAAAAGAUCAAAGGAGGCAGCAGAGGAGACUGAAACCAAAGUAGAGGUUACUGCAGAAAAAGUCGAGGUCGAAAGCGAUGAAGAAGAGGAAGACGAAAGCGACAGCAGCGAUGUGGCGGAAACGUUAGAAAUAAUUAAGAAGCCUAAAUCAGCUGCUGAUGUUGAAGAAAGCAAAAAGCAAUCUUCGAUUCCAAAUUACAAUCAAAACGAUAACUCAAUAGGAAUAAUAGUAACCACAACGCCGCCCACGCCGACAACUACGACUCCAACUGUGGCCGAAGUGACAGAGCAGCAGCAAGAGAAGGGCAUGAAAGAAAGUCGGGUGAUUGAGGUAGACGCCGAACAAAAAGAAAUAGCUGAGAAAGGUAAAGGUGGCGGCGUGGUAGCACAAGUGACAAAUGAAAUCAAAAAGGAACAAGUAACCGUCGAUAGUGAUGAAGCAGAAAUUAAACCACAACAAAGCGAAAAUGCAGUGGAACUGGCAGCACUGCAAGCGGAAAUAUCGACAACUCAGGUGGAAACGACGCAGACGCCAAUCAAGGCAGCGGAACCUAAACAGCAGCCACAGGCUCAGCUAGAGGUAAAUUCGAAUGACACCAUUAAGGAUAUCAAAUCCGAUAUUAGCUCAAACAUAGAACAGGAAAAUAUUGCUACCCUUAAGCGCCAGCAAAAAGAGUUGCUAGAAAAGCAACAAGAAUUGGCUCAACAAAUACGCCAGCAACAACUGGUUGCUCAACAAUUGGCAUGCGAAAACCGUUUGCAUCAACAACAAUUAGAACAACAGAAACAGCAACAACAGUCACAGCAAGAAAUACCAAGAAUACAAACUCCAUACAAACACCAACCAACACUAACACCCUACCAGCCACAAGAAAAUAUUUCGAAAUAUUCGACAAUCGAGGAAACGAAGGACGAACACGGUUUCACACGCAAAACGGAAACUUACGAGUCCAAGGAGUCGUCAAAUGCCACGAAACAUAUUGAUUUGCGUAAGAUCUUCACCCCAGCAACAGAUACUGAAGAAAUUUUGCCGAGAAAUCGAAAACUCUAUGCCUCGUCAGCCUUUUAUUCGCCAGGCUUGCAUCCUACGGUGGAAGAUCAAGUUGAGCUAGCACGCAGAAUUUCAAAUUCUUUGAGUGACAUAAGCAACCAGAAAUCAAAAGGGCAGUCGAUGUAUGUGAACCGUAAAAAGCGCUCUGUUAAAUGGGUGCAUGAGGGUUCUGGUCAAGAUUCGUCUGUCCAGGAGAAAAAUUAUCAGGAGGAAUUCAAAGAAAACAACCUUGCACUUGGUGAAACAACAUCGACGACACAAAACUCCUCAACACCAAUUCAAGUGCCACUUCGAUUGUUAAUGAACCCACGUGGCAAAGUUCGUGACAUCACCUCAGUGGGUGAUUCGUUUAACAUCGAAGCUAGCCUUUUGUCGCCCGACAAGUGUGCAGAACUCGUCACAGCCCUACAAACUCAAAAAGGCAAAGGUGCUGAGCUUUUUGCCAAACGCCGCAGGAAAUCUGAGAAAUGGGUGGUUGAUGAAACUAACACAGGCACUCAAAGCCCAUCCGGUCUUCCAGAUUAUCAUCAACACCAGCAAGUGAAACCGCCUACAUCGCCGAGCAUUUUGCCUGCUUACUCCGAUGCCGGAAAGCAUCGUGUUCAAUUGAAUUUGCACCAGGAGCAGGUGCUAGAAAAAUACGUCAAGCCUGGCUUGAAAGUGAUCAAGACACCCUGGGAGGCAGCACUCGAAACCGGUUCGGCCAGCUCGGCUUUUGUCGAGGAUGUGAAGCUAACACCACAUCACACACCGACACCAACAUUGUCCCCAAAACCGGCACCGCAAUAUCAGUUCGCUGGCAGUACCGUUCCCGAUGCAGUAUCAUACAAUGACGGCUAUACCACUGAUUACAACAUAACACCAUCUCAUAAAUUACAUGAGGCGUGCUUCCCAACAUGUAAGCCAAACUUCAGCAGUAAUCCUCAACGGGACUUAGCGUACAAGCCGAGCUUGCCGCAGGGAUGGAAAGCACCAAGUGUCACAUUACCAAAAGCGUCGGAAAGCGAACUUCGACGUCCAAAAGAAGAAUAUAUUGAUAAGAAUAAAGUAUCGAAACCACGUGAAUUUCUUGAUUAUCUCAUACGUUCGCCCGAGCUGAGGGUUUCGCCCAUAUCGACAAAGGAUCUGUUGGCAUACAACAAUGCGAUCGGGGAGUUAAAGGAAAAUAGAGUUGAGCGACAUCUUCAUGCGACCAAACAACAUCAGGAGCAGCAACAACAACAGCAACUUGUUCAAGACAAGGACUUAAAAAACGAAGAUUCAAGUAUGGACAAGCGAGAAAAGCGCAUAAUGGUCCGUGAGCAAUUGGAGUUGUUGGAAACCUACCAAAGCCAGCUGUUGGAAGAGCAGCAACAAGAGAUAAAGCGUUUGCGCCAGCGAGAACGACGUAUGCAGCAGCAACAAAAAUUAAAACUACAACAGCUGGAAAUAAAAGUUUCGAACCAGGGAAAUUUACAAAACCAGGAAGAACCACAACGAAAAGAAGAAGCCAAAGAAGGAGAAGAGGAGUACGUGAAAAUUGCUGUGCGUGAGCUUAUAUCCAACUAUGAGCAACAAUUAGCUGAAGAGGAGCGUUGCGCUCAGUACUCGCUGGUGACUAAAACUAGCAAACCUGCUGAAAGCUCGAAAUUAGCUAUCAUACCCAAAAAUAAAAGCGGCGACGAAUCGGAUAAUAUAACAGAAUCUAUAUUUGUUCGCCAUACGCAACCGUGGGAUGACGUGGAGAAAGACAGUGGUCAGCAACUGCAAAUUACAACAGCAGGCAAGCUACUCCCUUAUGUGUGUGUAGACCAGCGUGCGAGUGUCAGUGUUACCCCUCCCCAGUCUACAAACAGCCUAAAGCCUCGAAAAGCCGUGUUGCAUGAACCCCAGUUAUAUCUGCCGAAGGAGAUUUCUUUGGAGAGCUAUGCCCCACCACCCGUGGUGAACAUAAAGCAGCCUGAAGCGUAUAACAAGCCAAGUUGGAAAUUCACACCUACACCGUCGCCGGUGCCAUCAAUCAGCUUCCCACUGGCUAAACCCAACAGCGGCGGCGGCGUUGGCUUCCUAAGUUACGGCGCUACACCCCCACCAAAGCAGCAAUAUUAUGAACCCACCAGCUACAGGACAGUGCCGCAAUCUACAACUCCAAAUGUAACCCAAAUCAGUUAUAACCCAUCGCCGCUAUCCUACGAAAAGAUCGCUAAAUUUGAGAAUGUCGCUGAGCAACAGCUAGAAACCAAUGACUGGAACUCUCAACCCCGUCGAUUGGGCAUACAAAGUCAAGGCGCAAAUGUGCGGAACGCUUCACCAGCACAGUUUGGUGAGAGGUCUGGUAGCGCCGGCGAUCACUUGUCGUCUUCGUCAUCGCCCUAUCAAACGCACAAUGUUCCUAGGAAUGACAUCUAUGAGCGGGCGACAACACCCAUUUACACAAAACGCCAGAACAUCAAUAAGCUGUUGCAUGGUCAAAACUACAACAACACGGCUCGCGGCUGGCGGGCAAGCAGCAGUGCCAGUAGUGUCGGAAGCUAUCCAAAGGCAUGCGGCGGUGCCUACAAUACUGGGCUAGGCGCUGGUGGCUAUGGAGGGGGCUACCAGCAGAAGCCAUUGGCGACUGCAAACGAUUUGCCUUACACCGAUUUUUAAAAUUUGAUCAAUUAAAUCGGAAAACGAUCAACCAAAAUCAAAGGAAACUACUUAUAACUUAAAGAGAAAAAACUAUGCAGUGAACCAAUAACGCGUAAUAGAUAUACAUACAAACAUAUAUGUUUAUUUUUUCGAUUAAUAUGCAAAAUUAUAUGUACAUAGAUUAUCACUAUUGAGGUUUACUAAAAUUUACUAAAGUUUCGAUACAACACUACUCAGAUACAUAUGCGUACAUACACACAUUCAUAAACAAAUAUUUACUAACCUACACUAAACCAAAAUGAAACGAAUUUCGAGCUUGUUAGUCUAUUUUAUGUAAGCUUCUUUAAUUGCAUUCGUGAUUUGGUGGAUUACGAUAGGAAUGAUUCUUAUGUGCAAAGUUCUGUAAGACUGGCUCCUUCAAAUGUCGAACAAAAUUUUCUUCAACGCAGAUAAAUAAAUAAUGACACACACAA